UUUUUCAUAUGCAGAACAAUGCAGCACUUGGGGUGCUUUCUUGUAGCUGUAUUAUUCUCCUUCCUCAACUUUGUUCAUGGAACUCUUGGGCCAUGGAUCAACGCUCAUGCCACUUUCUAUGGAGGUGGUGAUGCUUCUGGCACAAUGGGUGGAGCAUGUGGCUAUGGGAACCUAAUUAGCCAAGGUUAUGGUAUUAACACUGCAGCAUUGAGCACCGCCUUGUUCGACAAUGGGUUGAGCUGUGGUGCAUGCUACGAGCUCAAGUGUGUGAAUGACCCACAAUGGUGCCUGCCUGGUUCCAUUGUGGUCACCGCCACCAACUUCUGCCCUCCGGGAGGCUGGUGUGACCCUCCUAAACACCACUUCGAUCUCUCUCAGCCGAUUUUCGAACACAUUGCGCAAUACAGAGCCGGCAUCGUCCCUGUAAAUUACAGAAGGGUGAAGUGCAGGAGAACUGGGGGCAUAAGGUUCACAAUCAAUGGACAUUCCUACUUCAAUUUGGUGCUGAUCACCAAUGUUGGGGGAGCUGGGGACGUUCACUCGGUGGCCAUUAAAGGUUCAAAGACCAGAUGGCAACAAAUGUCGAGGAAUUGGGGACAGAACUGGCAAAGCAAUUCUUAUCUUAAUGGGCAGAGCCUCUCGUUUAUCGUCACCACAAGUAAUGGACACAGUGUUGUUUCUUUCAACGUUGCUCCAUCAAGUUGGUCGUUUGGACAGACUUACACUGGAGGCCAGUUCGGGAGCAGAAAAUAACAGCCUCUUGCUAUAUAUGUGUAUGGUAAAAAUGUCUGAAGAACAACUUAUGUGAGUUUAAGGAAAACAGAAAAGUUUGUAGUGCAUGGUCCGGAUAUGUUCGUUCGAUUGCAUGGUUGAGACUUGAGAUACAUUAUAUAUUCUCAGAAUCACUUAGAUG